AUGAACUGCAACGAGCUCCAAGAACAUACCAAAGCGGAUUGUUUCCUCAUCAAAAAACCCAGAGCGCUGCAAUGGUACUACAAAGGACAGCUCCAAAAAGAGAAAGAAGAAGAGCGCCAAGCCGGACGCUUUGAGCUCUUCCUUGAUCUUUUGUACGUCGCCAUUGUUGCCAACUUCAGCGAUGAGCUCGCUGAGCAUCCCGAUGGCGCUCAUCUGGCAAAGUACAUACUCAUCUUUGCGCCGGCAUGGCACAUCUGGGCUGAUCUUCGUGAGAUCAUGAACUCGUACUAUACCGAUGACUUGCUGCAGCGCCUGGUUAUCCUCUGGGUCAUGGCCCUGCUGGUACUGUACGCUAACAAUGCCAACGAUGCGGACGAGGAUAUCUCGGCGAUGCGUACUGCGGCUGGGGCGUAUCUUGUUGCUCGCUUCACUCACCUCGUUGUCUUUCUCAUCACCUCGUUCGCAGCGUAUCAGCACCGCGCCCAAGCCCGUAUCAUGGCUGGUUUCAUGUUUAUCGGACUGCUCAUUACCAUUCCUCUCUUCAUUGAGGGUAUCAGUAUUCGCGCAAAAGCUGCCGUUGUCGCUGUUGGCAUCUUUUAUCAAGAAGCGACGUGGGCACUUACUCUGAGUCCUUGGAUCAAGAAAAAGCUACAUCUGACAUAUAGCACGGCUGUGGAUAUUGCGCAUGAAAUUGACCGGAUGGGCGCUUUCUUUAUCAUCAUCCUGGGAGAGUUUGUGUACAGUAUCAUUGUUGGUAACAAGACGGGAAUCGGGUUGACCUCUGGAUAUGCCAAAGCUGUAUGCACGCUGAUUAUCGCCUUUGUGCUUAACUGGAUAUACUCCAGCGGCGACGGCAGCAUCCAAGCCACACAUCCCAUCCGACGAUCCGCAUGGACAGCUUUCGGCUUCUUUCUUCUACAUCUACCGCUCGCAGCAUCAUUCCUCAUCGGCGGCCACGUAGCGGCUGCAAGCACCGCGAUAGAAGAAUUCGAGGAUGGCCAACGGUGGCUUCUCGGCGGAGGUCUCGGAGUCGGCAUGUUCUGUCUCUGGGUCUACGGGAUGCUGUACCGGGUAGAGGGAGAGUGCCCUCUAUUCAUGGGCCAGACUCUACGGAUGAGUAUGAGGUUGGUUAUUGCGAUAGUUCUCAUUAUUUUACCCGAGUCGCACGAUCACCUCAACGCUGAGGACUUUAUGUUUGUUGUCAUGUCACUGUUUGUGUUCCUCUUGAUAUGGGAGACGGUGGGAGGCUUGUCCAAGACGUCCAAGUUGUUUGAGCCGUGGACGGAUAGGCAUGCGCCGCCGGAGGAGGAUGAUAGGGAAGGGUUGGCGGGCUAG